CAGUGGAGCUGAAUAAACUCUUAGAAGAGCAGCAAGGACAGAAGAGCUGAAGAGCAACGAAGAAGAUGCGUCUCCUUUUCAUCUUUGCUUUGACUUUUACGCUUUCUGUCCAGCAGGAUAACAAGGAUAAUGCUGAUGCAGACUCUACAGAAAAUGCCACUGAAAUGAUGGAAAAAGUUCUAGAUGCACUGAGUGAGGAACAUACAAUGGAAAUAAUCAAUGCUUUAAAUAAAAAGGAUGUUGAAAAAUUAACAGACUGUAUGGAAGAUGCGUGUAAAAUGGCUGAUUUUGUGGAUCUCAUGGAGAAGAUAUUAUACUUUCUUAAGGGACUAUCACAUGGUGAUAAGCCAAUAUAUGACUUGAUAAAGGCACUCAUCAAACAGGGCCCUCUGGCUGAAUUGGUAAAUGAACUGAGUGAGAAACAUACAUUGGAAAUAAUUAAUGCUUUGACUGUAAAAGAAAUUGAAAAAUUGAUGAAUAUAGGUAAAAGUCCAAUCAGUAUUUUGGCAUUAAUUUCAGUCGGAAAAAAGAUAAUACCUAUUAUCGAGAAUGCUAAUGAUGGAAAAGGAGUAUCUAAACUGAUAAGUACAUUCACCGGUGGUGGAGAUGGAAACACGGAAAAUAGCAAUGAUAUUUUGGAAAAAAUUAUGAAUGCACUGAGUGAGGAACAUACAAUGAAAAUAGUUAAUACUUUCAAUGCACAGGAUGUUGAGAAAUUAACAGACUGUCUAGAAGGCGAGUGUAACAUGGCUGUUUCUGUGGAGAUCGUGGAGAAGGUGUUAAACGUUCUUAAGGGACUAUCACAUGGCGAUAAACUGAUAUAUAACUUGAUAAAAACAUUCUUCAAACAUGGUCCUCUGAUUGAAUUGGUGAAUGAACUGAGGGAGGAACAUGCAUUGGAAAUAAUUAAUGCUUUGAAUGGAAAAGAUAUCGAAAAAUUAAUGAAUAUAGAUAAAGGUGAAGUUAAAAUUUUUGAGUUAAUACCAAUCGGAAAAAAGAUAAUAUCUAUUAUCAAAAAAGCUAAUGGUGGCAAAGGACCGUCUAAACUGAUAAGUAUGUUCACGGAUGAUGAAGAUGGAAAAAGUGCUCUCCCUUAUUAUCAACCUCUCCCUGGCGGACUCCAUCCUGGGAUGUCUGUGUAUAUGCAAGGCCUUGUGCCCGAAGACAGCAACAGAACCUGGGUGAACUUCCAGGUGGACUUUGCCUGUGGCCAGCAUAAUGGGGCUGAUGUUCCCCUCCACUUCAGGUCUCACAUUAAUGCAGAGACAGUUGGGCUGAACACAUUUCAGGCAGGCAGGUGGAGAAAGGAAGACACACACACACAUCCCUUCCAGAAGGGCGAGCAUUUCGAGGUCAUCUUCAUGGUCAAUGACUUUGGAUACCAGGUCCUGGCGAAUGGGACGUUCUUCUGCAACUAUAGGCACAGAAUCCCCCCACAAAACGUGCAGGUCAUCAGGAUUGAUGGAGACCUGGAACUGCAAUCUCUGACCGUGAUUGGAGGACCAGUGAUGACUCUCCCUUACCAUCAUUCUGUCCCUGGUGGACUCCAUGCUGGGAUGUCUGUAUAUGUACAAGGCAAAGUGCCCAAACGUGCCAACAGUUUCAAGGUGGACUUUGCCUGUGGCAAAUUUUUAGAGGCCCACAUUCUCCUCCACUUCAACCCUCGCUUUGGUCAGGAGAGCGUUGUGCUCAACACAUUGCGGUAUUGGUCCGGAGGGUGGGGAAAGGAAGAGAAACACAAGAAUCCCUUCCAAAAGGGCGAGCAUUUUGAGAUUAUCUUCAUAGUUGAUGAGGCCAAAUACCAGAUCCUGGUGAACGGGAACCCCUUCUGCAACUACAAGCACAGAAUUCCCCCUGAAUUUGUAAACUUCAUUAACUUUCCAGAAAACCUGGAGUUGCAAUCUCUGACCGUGAUGGGAGGACAAAUAUUGGAGAACAUGGUGUUGACAGGCUCUGCAUUCUACUACCCACCGGUGCCCUACACGGGCAACCUUCCUGGAGGUCUGGCAUCCAAGAGGACCAUCACAAUACGAGGCUUUAUUCCAAAGAACGCUAGCAGGUUCGAAAUCGAUUUAAUGGCUGGCCGGAAUAUCGUUCUGCACAUUAAUCCACACAUGAAACCAAGGAGAUACGUGGUGCGCAACGCUUGUCUGAAUGGCAGUUGGGGAGCGGAGGAAAGUGAUCUGCCCUUUAACCCUUUCCAAUUUGGGCAAUACUUUGAGAUCUCAAUCUGCUGUGACAGUCACAAGUUCAAGGUUUAUACCAAUGGCCGCCACCUGUUCAACUUUGCUCAUCGUUAUGCCGCUAUUGGACAGACCCGCACUAUCAAUAUCCAAGGAGAUGUGGCCCUUUCCUACAUCAACUACUAAACAAUGGCGGGGGAGAAAGAGAUUAGUAGUGGUGCACUCACUCUUCUCUCUCUCUCUCAGUCUGCCAGUAGCUUCGAAUCCUGCUGAAUUUGAGUGGUCUAUAAGUUCCAGUAAAUCAAUCAAUCAAUCAAUCUGAGAAGUCUCAAUUGAGAAUAUUAAGCAGCAUUUUCAAUAAAAGCUUCUUGAUCAAGCAA